CCCCCCCUUUUCCUGGCUCUCCCGGCUGCCGCCGGAAGCAUGGGCGCGGGCUGGGAGCUGGGGGCUGCGGCGGGGCGCUCGCUGCUGCUGUGCGCCGCGCUGCUGGUCGCGGGCUGCGCGCUGGGCCUGCGCCUGGGCCGCGGGCGGGCGGCGGCGGACCGCGGCGUGCUCGCCUGGCUGUGCUAUGACGCCCUGGUGCACUUCGCCCUGGAAGGCCCUUUUGUCUACUUGUCUUUCGUAGGAAACAUCGCAGAUUCCGAAGGCUUGAUUGCUUCAUUGUGGAAAGAAUAUGGCAAAGCUGAUGCAAGAUGGCUUUAUUUUGACCCAACCAUUGUGUCUUUGGAAAUUCUGACUGUUGUCUUGGAUGGGUCUCUGGCAUUGGUCCUCAUUUAUGCCAUAGUCAAAGAGAAAUAUUAUCGGCAUUUCCUGCAGAUUACCCUGUGCGUGUGUGAAUUAUAUGGCGGGUGGAUGACCUUCUUCCCGGACUGGCUUAUGGGAAGCCCCAACCUCAACACCGACAGUUGGCUCUACUUUGGGGUCUAUCUGGUAUUUUUCAAUAGUGUGUGGGUUCUGAUCCCAGGACUGUUACUGUGUCAGUCAUGGGUAGAACUCAAGAAAAUGUAUUACAAAGGAACCAAUUCAGGGAAAAAGUUUCAGUGACUUUUCAAAAUCACAAACACUGAUUUCUUGCUUUAUAAGCCAGAAUGGAUCAAACCUUCUUGUUUGGCCAAAAUGUAAUGCAUUCCAGUGUAUACUUUCCUUUUAUAGUGUUGUUCCUCAACAGCUUAUUUCAAAUUGAUUGCAAGGUGGCAAGUCUUUGUUUUUGUUUUUGUUUUUUUCAAUUAAAUGACAAUAUGGGGAACAGAGAGUAAAUUUUAACUUGUAAUAAUAACAUCUUUAAUUAUACACUUUUAUGGCUCUAUUAAUUGUUCCACAUUACUAAAGCCAAUUAUCAUAAAAUGCUAUAGAGCAUAUUAUAUUAAUUUUUUAUUCCAAGAACAUAUUGUUGCCUCAGCUUUUUUAAAAAUGUAAAUAAAUCCAAGUUAGUUAA